AUGAUUUCCCAGAAGGUUGCGCAGCAAUCGCUGCGGCGAUUGGCCGUGCAAUCCCCCUCGUCAUUGACCUUGUCCAUGGCCAAGUUCGCGUCCCCAGCUGCCAUUGCUACUGGACGCUAUAUGCAGUUGAGACCAACCUCUUCCACAACAAACACAACCGACCCAACCAAAAUCCUUGCUCAGCAACGUCUCAAGCGCCCGGUUUCUCCCCAUCUAGCCAUCUACCGUCCUCAGAUCACCUGGUACGCUAGUGGUCUGCAUCGCAUUACGGGUUCGACUCUCUCUGGUGCCCUCUACGUCUUCGCCACCGCCUACCUCAUUUCGCCCGUCGUUGGCUGGCAUCUUGAGUCUGCGUCGAUUGCAGCUGCUUUUGGCGCUCUGCCUUUGCUAGCUAAGGUCUUGCUUAAAUUCAGCAUUGCCAUGCCCUUCACCUUCCACAGUUUCAACGGCGUGCGACAUUUGAUCUGGGAUACCGGUCGUUUCUUCACCAACAAGCAGGUUAUUCAGACCGGUUGGACUGUGGUGGCACUUAGCACGCUAAGUGCUCUUUACCUUGCUUUGUAA